GAUACACCGCAGGUUACUGGUUCAUAGAAUAUACGGGAGCGAGCGGGGCGGAAGACCGCCCAUGGUUGCUCAAUUAGCCUGCCGUUGACUGCCAGUCGGUAUUUGGGAGGCACAUCUGAAUGAUGUUCCCGCACUAUUCCUGUUAUGCUGCUUCUCCGCACGCUGGACACACCCGAUCAGUGCGCCCAGCGCCAGGUGGUUAGACCACGCCACGACAUCCCCUUGGGGAACCGUGUUGGCGUGGUCUACGAUCUACGUUCGUUUCAUUGGAGAAGGCAUCCACACAGCGCCGGAGGAAUGUAUAAGUGCCGAGGUUGCAAGCGGGGUGGUCGUGCGCAGGACACAUUCUUGGGCAUAGAACCGCUCGGCCCAGCACGCACCGCUACUGCACCAGAACGUUCACAUACGGUCCAGGUACACAUUCAGGCGCCUUGCAAAUUCGCUCGGGAUCUAUCAAAUUCUACGGUCGGGCACCCCCGUCUCCGACGUCGUGCAACUGUUGUCAAGUGGCGUAACACCACCGCCCAUGCGGGCUUUGCGGCAAUGCCUAUCUUCACUAAUCGCACACUCAGCAUGCUUGUUCCAGGCCAUCAAGGGCAUGAGAGCGAACGCAGGCCAUGAUUCUCACCGCACCAAUCAAUCAUCAAAAAAACGCAGUAACGCCACGACACUGAUACCCGGCUACGCAAAACCUUCCCAUGUUGCGGUGGAGC